CCGGGUGCGCUGCCGGCGUAGAGCGGCGGCCUGCGCGCUGGGCUGCGCGACGCAGGUAGCGCAGGCGGCUUUGGAGAAUACACGACUGGGUGCAGCCGGGGUUUGGUACCGAGCGGAGAGGAGAUGCACACGGCACUCGAGUGUGAGAAUACUCAGUAAAGUGCUGGCUCAGAUGAUAACUCAUACGUACCUGAGAAGCAUUUUGGUCUCGCCCUUUGCAUGCUGAAGAAGUAGCGCCUUCUGUGUUUGGAGGUGGGAGGGAAAACAGAAAUGAAGGUGCAUAUACACACAAAAUUCUGCCUCAUCUGUUUGCUGACAUUUGUUUUCCAUCACUGCAACCACUGCCAUGAAGACCAUGACCAUGGCCCCGAGGAGCUUCACAGGCGCCAUCGUGGGAUGACGGGGGCGGAGGCAAGCAAAUUUUCAGUGCAGGAUGCUGAAAAUGAAAAAAAGUACUAUAUUGAGAAACUUUUUGACCGUUACGGUGAAAAUGGAAGAUUAUCCUUUUUCGGUCUGGAGAAACUUUUAACAAACCUGGGCCUUGGGGAGAUCAAAGUCGUUGAGAUCAAUCAUGAGGACCUUGGUCACGAUCAUGUUUCUCACCUGGACAUUCUGGCAGUUCAGGAGGGAAAGCAUUUCCAUUCGCACAGCCACCAGCAUUUCCACAAUCAUUUAAAUGCAGAAAACCACACCACCACCACUGUCCCGGCGAAAAGAAACUACAAAUGCGACCCGGACAAAGAGGCAGCUGAAGUUCCCAUCAAGUCCGAUGACAGGCACCUGCACGACCACACCCACCGCCUCCACCAUCGCCAUCGUGGGCAUCAUCACCUGGACCACAACGCGACUCGCCGUGUUCACAAUGAUUCCGUCGCUCAUAGCGAGCAUGGGGAGCCUGGCCACGGACCUUCCAUGGAGACCAAUAAAACACAAGAACAGUCUGGAGUUAAGCCAUUGAAGGUCAGGAGGAAGGAGAAAGGGAAGAGAAAGAAAGAAAACUCCGAGGCUAACACGCCAGGCUUCCUCCCCAGCCACGGUCAUGCUGAACAGUAUGAGCAUAAUCGGGUUCACAAACUGGACCGUGGACAUAGCCCAGGCCACCCGCACGCGCACCUCCCCGAGCACAGUGGCCAUGACCUUGGCCAUGGACACCAAGACCUUGAUCCUGACAACGAGGGUGAACCUCGACACGCCAGUAAGCGAGAAGCGCCGCAUGUGAAGAAAAGUGCGAUUUAUUCCACUCCCAGCCACAAGGACCAUAAUGAAGAUGGCCGGCAACAUGAAUGUUUGAACGUCACUCAGUUGCUGAACCACUUUGGUCUUGGAGCCAACUCUCCCAUCUCGCCUGAUCUGUUUACGUACCUUUGUCCUGCAUUGCUGUAUCAGAUUGACAGCAGACUUUGUAUUGAGCAUUUUGACAAACUUUUAGUUGAAGAUUUAAAUAAGGAUAAAACUCUGAUUCCUGAAGAUAAAGCAAAUAUAGGGGCAUCAGCGUGGGUCUGCGGCAUCAUUUCCAUCACUGUCAUUAGCCUGCUUUCCCUGCUGGGCGUGGUUUUGGUUCCCAUCAUCAACCAAGGAUGCUUCAAAUUCCUUCUCACGUUCCUUGUUGCACUGGCUGUAGGAACAAUGAGUGGAGACGCCCUUCUUCAUCUGCUGCCCCAUUCUCAGGGUGGACAUGACCACAGCCAUCAGCACGCGCAUGGGCAUGGUCACUCUCAUGGACAUGAAUCUAAGAAGUUUCUAGAAGAAUAUGACGCUGUGCUGAAAGGGCUUGUUGCCCUAGGGGGCGUUUACUUACUGUUCAUCAUCGAACACUGCAUUCGAAUGUUUAAGCACUACAGGCAACAAAGAGGAAAACAGAAAUGGUUUAUGAAGCAGAGCACAGAAGAAUCAACGAUUGGAAGAAAGCUUUCAGAUCACAAGUUAAACAGCACGCCGGAUGCUGAUUGGCUCCAACUCAAGCCCCUUGCCGGAACGGAUGACUCGGUAGUUUCUGAAGAUCGACUUAAUGAGACUGAGCUGACGGAUUUAGAAGGCCAACAAGAAUCCCCUCCUAAAAACUACCCGAGCGCAGAGGAGGAGAAAGCCAUGGAUCAUUCUCACAGCGAUGGGCUGCACCCCGUUCACGAGCAGGAGAUCCAUGUGACUUCACAGAACCAGCACGACGAGGAGAAAGCUGUGCUGAGGAAGCACAGUCACCAGUGGCACCACAGGCACGCCCACCACUCACAUGGCCCCUGCCACUCUGGCUCAGACCUGAAGGAAACAGGAAUUGCCAAUAUCGCCUGGAUGGUGAUCAUGGGGGAUGGAAUCCACAACUUCAGUGACGGGCUGGCCAUUGGUGCCGCUUUCAGCGCUGGACUGACUGGAGGGAUCAGUACCUCAAUAGCCGUCUUCUGUCAUGAGCUGCCACAUGAAUUAGGUGAUUUUGCAGUUCUUCUGAAAGCAGGCAUGACUGUAAAGCAGGCGAUUGUGUACAACCUCCUCUCUGCCAUGAUGGCUUACAUAGGGAUGCUCAUAGGCACAGCUGUUGGCCAGUACGCCAACAACAUCACACUCUGGAUCUUCGCAGUCACGGCAGGCAUGUUCCUCUACGUGGCCUUGGUGGACAUGCUUCCAGAAAUGCUGCAUGGUGAUGGGGACAAUGAAGAGCAUGGCUUUUGCCCAGUUGGGCAGUUCAUUCUUCAGAAUUUAGGGCUGCUGUUUGGAUUCGCCAUCAUGCUGGUUAUCGCGCUCUACGAGGACAAAAUUGUGUUUGACAUCCAGUUCUGACCGCCCCGGCUCCUCUGCUGCCCGCAGACCUGCUCCUGCAGCUUGCCCUCGGCCCUUGUACUGUGCGCACAUUGCUCAGAGAGUCAGUGGCCUGCACUGCUCGCAGGGUCUGUAGACUUGAGCCUAACCACAAAAGACUGGUGCUCAGUACUGUUUUCUCUGCAUGAAUGGGUCUUUUAACAACAAAGUUCGUGAUAAAGACAGGAGAAAAUGGGACUCCAUGAACUGAUAUCGAUAGACAUUUAAGACUUUAAAAAAAGAGAGAAUCAUAUAAAACACUAGUCUUUUUAUUAGUAGAAUCUUUGUGGCUAUGCAGAAAUAGAAAUUAAACCAAAAAAAAAUCAUUUAAACUUUAAAAAUAUUUUAAAUGGACUUUGAGCAGACAUUUUUGUGUGUGUGCUAAGAAUGAAUUUUAGUGCCCUUUAAUUCAGCUACUUAUAUACGUAUGGGA